AAAACAGCCACUUACCUGUUCCUCGGUCCCACAGUGUGUCCCCCGCAGCCCGUUUCACCGGCCGUCCUGUAUUCCAGGAGGCUGGCAUCUUCAGUGUGGGCGCCUGGCUGUGAUAGCUUGGGGCUUCACAGCUGGGUACCCACUGCGCACGCGGGAGUAGCGCUGCACUUCAUGAAUGGCCCUGUAGUCUUCUGGGACCUGUCACGUGUCCCAAAAAAGUACAGGGAGGCAGGACACCUUCCGCUUCCAAUCGCCUAGGUGAUCGGACCAGAAGUGGGAGUGGGUACCUGUCAAAUUCGGGUACCCGCUCCCCCCCACCCCCCAAAGGUGCCAAUCCUUAAUGGGGAGCAGAGGAGCAGUCCUUAAAACGGAACUUCCCCUUUUGGGUAGAGCUACUCUUUAAGAU